AUGACGAUGAUUACGACUGACGAUGCCGAUGUUGACGCUGACGAUGAAAAUGAGGAUGACGACGAUAACAACGAUAACGAUGACGACAAUGACAUGACACAUAAAAGUGCCCCUGCAGUGACGGAUAAGAGUGCCCCUGCAGUGACACAUAAGAGUGCCCCUGCUGCGACACAUAAAAGUGACCCUGCAGUGACGGAUAAGAGUGCCCCUGCAGUGACACAUAAGAGUGCCCCUGCUGCGACACAUAAGAGUGCCCCUGCAGUGACACAUAAGAGUGCCCUUGCAGCGACACAUAAGAGUGCCCCUGCAGUGACAUAUAAAAGUGCCCCUGCAGUGACACAUAAAAGUGCCCCUGCAGUGACGGAUAAGAGUGCCCCUGCAGUGACACAUAAGAGUGCCCCUGCUGCGACACAUAAAAGUGCCCCUGCAGUGACGGAUAAGAGUGCCCCUGCAGUGACACAUAAGAGUGCCCCUGCUGCGACACAUAAGAGUGCCCCUGCAGUGACACAUAAGAGUGCCCUUGCAGCGACACAUAAGAGUGCCCCUGCAGUGACAUAUAAAAGUGCCCCUGCUGCGACACAUAAAAGUGCCCCUGCAGUGACGGAUAAGAGUGCCCCUGCAGUGACACAUAAGAGUGCCCCUGCUGCGACACAUAAGAGUGCCCCUGCAGUGACACAUAAGAGUGCCCUUGCAGCGACACAUAAGAGUGCCCCUGCAGUGACAUAUAAAAGUGCCCCUGCUGCGACAUAUAAAAGUGCCCCUGCUGCGACAUAUAAAAGUGCCCUAACACAUAAAAGCACCU